AUGAGUCAGGAAUACGACGAGGCUCAAAUGGGCGAGGAAGGCGGCAUGCCCGGCCCCGGUGCCCCAACACCACUAUUCGCUCUCGAGGGAAUCGCUGGCUUGACGAAGCGAGACAUUCAGCUUGUUGUUGAUGGAGGUUACAAUACCGUGGAGUCGGUGGCUUACACACCACGACGAGUGCUGGAACAGAUCAAGGGUAUCUCUGAGCAGAAGGCGACCAAGAUCCUUGCUGAAGCUUCCAAACUUGUUCCAAUGGGCUUUACUACCGCCACAGAGAUGCACCAACGCCGCAGCGAACUCAUCUCCAUUACCACAGGAUCCAAGAACCUUGAUACCCUUCUUGCAGGCGGUAUCGAAACUGGCUCAGUCACGGAGCUGUUUGGUGAAUUCAGAACAGGAAAAAGUCAAAUUUGUCAUACACUCGCUGUAACCUGUCAGUUGCCUUUUGAUAUGGGCGGUGGCGAGGGAAAGUGCAUGUAUAUCGACACUGAAGGCACAUUUCGACCUGUUCGAUUGCUAGGAGUGGCCAACCGAUUUGGUCUCUCAGGCGAAGAAGUCCUGGACAAUGUUGCAUACGCCCGCGCUUACAACUCUGAUCAUCAACUUCAAUUGCUUAACCAGGCUGCCGCAAUGAUGUGCGAGACCCGGUUCUCCCUACUUAUCGUUGACAGCGCGACAUCACUAUACAGAACAGACUUUUGUGGUCGUGGCGAACUCUCAAAUCGACAGACUCAUUUGGCCAAGUUCAUGAGGACACUUCAGCGGCUGGCAGAUGAAUUCGGUAUUGCAGUGGUCAUUACAAAUCAAGUCGUGGCUCAAGUCGAUGGCGGUCCAAGCGCCAUGUUUAACCCCGACCCAAAGAAGCCUAUUGGCGGUAACAUUAUUGCUCAUGCCAGUACGACAAGAAUCAGUCUCAAGAAGGGUCGAGCUGAGACUCGUAUCGCCAAAAUCUACGACAGCCCUUGCCUGCCAGAGAGUGAUACCCUAUUUGCCAUUGGCGAGGAAGGUAUUGGCGACCCAGCGCCCAAGGACAUGGAGAAGGAUUAA